AUGUUUUCUCCACAAAUUGGAUGGCGUUGUGCUAAAUGUGAAUCUGUUCCAACUGAUCGUCGAAAAUAUUGUGCUGAUUGUGGUUCGAUGCUAACUUGGACAUGCACUAGUUCGGGAAAAUCUGAUCAACGUCCAUGGUCAGAAUGGAAACAUACUGAUGCAUCUUGUAUAGAGCAUACUGGGCAUGACGUUGAACAAGUACAAGAAUUAUAUUCCACGUGUGAAGAACCAUUAAUAGGUUAUUGUUCUCAUAGAAACAAGUUACAUGCAUCCAGUGCCACCACAUCCGAUUUAUCUCCCAUGAAUUUGCUUGUGGUUACCUUAUGGUUUUUUAAAACAUUAUCAUUGUGA